GUAGGCUUCACGGGUGACGGAACGCAACGCGAGCUAGCCAUUUGCACUAUUUGAAAAAAAAUGUCUAAAUUGGAGUUGUUGAGAGUGAUUUUUAACCAACGAUGUACAGGCGCUGCGGAUGAGAUAUUCAGAGCCGUUGCAAAAACGAUAUCAGAGUACCAGGACAACGUUUAUCUAUCGAAAGAGGACAACCGACGUCUACAGGGGCUGCUUGACAUCAUCCUGAAACCUGAGAUAAAGUUGUAUAGAGCAGAUUUUGAGCAGUUCAUUGUCUCUGAAGUGGAGUUUCCCCCUGAGCAGCAGCACUUUGAACAAGAGUGGAGCCCCGAUUUGGGGCAAGAUGACUGGAACCCCAUACAGAUUAAAGAGGAACAGGAGGAAUUCAGGAUCAUCCAGGAGAAGGAAGACUCUGUAUUCACCCUUGCCUGGGUGAAAAGUGACUAUGAUCAGUACUCAACUCAGUCCUCACAAACCCAAAGUGAAGAAUACAAAGACAGAACAAAACCUAAGGAAGUGGAUUCUUCAAAGCCAACCAGUGGCUCUCGGCCCCAGCCCAAAUCGAGGAGGACACAGGCAGAAAAGGGAAAAAGAUUUAUCAGCUCCAAAGGUAGAAAAUCAAUGGAUCUGAAAUCACCAGUGCAAAGGAGGUGUCAGACAGAAGAUAAAUCAUUUUGCUGUAGUGAUUGUGGUGAACGUUUCACUCAGAUGGGAAAACUGAAUUCUCAUAGGAUCAUGAUACACUCCAGAGGUAAUCAGUUUCGCUGUGAUGAAUGUGGCAAAUGUUUUGCUCAGUGGGGAUAUCUGGAUUCUCAUAUGAAGAUUCACACAAGGGUGAAUUGUGGCAAAGUAUUCACUCAGUCUGACCGCUUCAAACCCUCCUUGACCACUUUGAAGGAUCACACAGGAGAGAAAUUUUAUUGCUGUGGCAAAUAUUUUUCUAAUGCUGGGUCCCUGAAUUAUCAUAGGAGGUCGCACACAGAGGAGAAAUCGCAUCGCUGCCACAGUUGUGGCAAAUGUUUUUUAAAAAUUAGGGAUCUGAAUAUUCACAGGAGGAUUCACACAGGGGAGAAACGUUUUCGCUGCCAGUUCUGUGGAAAAUGUUAUAAUCAGCACACUUCUCUAAGUUAUCACAUGAAGAAUCACACAGGAGACAUCUUAUAACUGUCAUUAUUAUUGUGGCAAAUAUUUUCGUCAUGAAGGUAAUCUGACAGCGCAUAUGAGGAUUCACGAGGGAAAUCAGAUAAUUGUUGCUAUAGUAGCAGAUCUUUAAGCACUGGCAGUCACAAGUGCGUAUGAGGAUAAUCAGAUGAGCAAUAAACUAUUUUGCUGUCAAGAUUGUUGUAAAUGUUUCACUCCUUCCAAUCUGAAUUGUCUGGGGAGACGGAGGGAGGAACCACAUUAAUACCAUGACUGGCUAAUCUUUCACAACUGCCUUUCAUUUGACACUGCGUAUGAGACAUUCACACAGGGGAGGAAUCUUCCACGUUUUCUGUCGACAAUGCACUUCUGGCACUAAAGCAUUUAAUUGUCAUCGGAGAACACACAGCGAAGAACAACUUUCAAAGCCUAAAAUGGUCACCUGAGGACACACUUGAAUGACCUUUACUCUGGUAGUCCUGAAGCCUGAUUCUCUACUCAAAUCAAAUUUUAUUGGUCACAUACACAUAUUUAGCAGGUGUUAUUGCGGGUGUAGCGAAAUGCUUGUGUUCCUAGCUCCAACAGGGCAGUA